UCGUGACAGUGAUAGGAAAAAACAAUUAAGUAUGUUUAACAAUAUAUAUAUUUAUUAUGAUAUACUCAAUAUGUACACUUUGGAUAGAACUCGCGGGUAUUAAACGAUUCGUGAUUCGCAAUUACAAGUUUGGCCAAGAUGCUGGCAAGAGGGCCGAUUUAAGGCGUAAUGGCUCGCCCCGAAUGGCCUUCGGCGGGUGAACAGCGUCCCACCUGCUCCGGAACCGUCCUGGAGAGACGGAAGGGCUUAGAAUGUGCCCCGUUCGACCUGAGACAAGCGACAGCCCCUGCAGGCUUAGCUAAUCGAAGUAGCAAGGCACUGGGUGCCUUGCGCGAUGGUUGGGCGUAAUCUCACCCGAAAGCAUCCGUUAACGAGGACUGACAAUAUUUGUAGCUCGCCACCUUCCAGCUUUCAUCCUGUUGAGUUGUUUUUUUAUUGAUUUCCAUAUCAACUUCGAUUGUAACUGAGCAGUCCUAUUCUUGGUUUAUUGGUUGACGUGUUUUUGAUGUGUUUGUUGUUUUAUUUAUGUAGUAUUGCUCGUCUUUGUUGAUAAUUUAUCGGUGAGAUUUGUUUUUUCAUGUUAGGUUUGCUUAUAGUCUUCUUAGUAGAAGACACGGGUUUCCACCAUUUAGCUAUGGGCGUAGCCAUUCGUAACUUUCUCUUCCCCACUUGCUGCACUUUUCUGAAGCACUGUUUUUACUCUGCUCGGGCAGAACUCGACCUGACGUUGAGUGUAUCAAUGUUAUAUAAGUUUGAAAGCUGUGUAAUUCCAACUUACAUUCCUUACAAAAAGAGUCUGGAAAUUUGCAAUGUAAAUAAUUAUCAAUCGUUCAAUUAUUGCAGUUCGCGAGAUACAAAUAUUCUUGCGAUUUAUUGUAUUUGGAUAUUCUUCGUGCAAUCAUCAACGUGGACGGACGUCAAAGUGAAACCACGCGAGUUCGGCAUUUCCAUAUAUACAGAACAUACUGUCAACGCGAGUAUCUUGAACUAGUUCGAUUAUUUGCUUACGCUGCUGGAAUAAGAAGCACGGAAGGGUCUUUUUCGCGCGAUAUUUGGGUUGAAAGAGGGAAAGCCCUGUGAUUUUGGUACAAUGAAUACAAAGCUUAAUGAAAACGAGAUAAAUGAAAAGUUACGUAAUGUGAAUUCCAUCGAGGGAUUCUAUUCCGGAACUGGAAUUCUUAUGACAGGGGCGACAGGAUUCGUGGGCAAAGGCCUCCUCGAAAAACUGAUACGCACGUGUUCACGCAUCGCUGCUAUUUUUAUAUUGAUCCGGCCGAAACGUAACCAAACGAUAGAACAACGAUUUAAGAAGUUAAUAGAUGAUCCGGUUUUCGAUGGUGUCAGAGCACAAAACCCAACAAUUUUCGAUAAAAUUCAUCUCGUGGAGGGCGACCUGACUCUGCCAGAUUUAGAUCUUUUGCAAAAAGACAGAGAUAUGUUGAUAGAGAAUGUAAACAUAGUAUUCCACGUUGCGGCCACUAUAAAUUUCCAUCUACCAUUGGAUAUGGUCGUCAAUGCAAAUGUGAAAGGUACCGCUAAUAUUAUCAAACUGUGCAAGGAACUCAAGCAUGUAAUUAGCGUUGUCUAUGUGAGCACAGCUUACAGUAAUCCGAAUCUAUCAGACAUCGAGGAAAAGGUCUACACCACGAAUCUAGAUCCUUCUCUCGUGAUAGAUAUAUGUGACCGACAAGACAAAGAAUUGAUUAAUCUGCUCGAAGAAAGAAUUUUAAAGACGUAUCCAAAUACAUACACGUUCACCAAGAAUCUUGCAGAGCAGACAAUAUCCAACAAUAGCAAAGGAUUGGCUGUUGCGAUCGUACGACCAAGUAUAAUUUGUUGCUCGCUAAAAGAACCGUGCCCUGGUUGGUUGGUAUCUUUUGCUGGACAAUCAGGUAUCUUCAUGAAUAUCGGCAAUGGUAUUGCAAAAGUACUAUUGGGUAAGGCAGAUGUAAUAUCAGAUGUAGUACCUAUUGAUUAUGUAGUCGACGUGAUAAUGUGUGCCGCGUGGCAUGUCACGCUACAUAUUGAUAAUAGGGUCAAAGUUUACAACUGUACGAGCAGCGCACGUCCCAUCAAAUUGGGUGAGAUCAUAGAUACCUUCGUGGAAUGUAGCAGACAAAUACCGAUAAAAAAUACGUUGUGGUAUCCGAGUUGCACGGUAGUAGCAAACAGAUAUGUUUACGAUGCACUGAAUAUACUUCUAAGUGUUUUACCUGCAUUUGCCGUGGAUAUCUUUUUAAGGCUUCAAGGUGGUAAACCAAUGGCAAUGAAUAUGAGCAAAUUUUACAAUAAAUUGGUCACAGCGACAGGCUACUUCAACUCGAAUGAAUGGUCUUUCAAAAGAGAUAACAUUGCCGACAUGAUAAACAAGGUGAAAACCUUUGAAGAUGGAAAUCUUGUUAAACUGGACUUGCAGGAUAUGGAUUGGAAGAAAUAUUUAGCAAAUUACUUGGCGGGAAUUAAGAUAUUUGUUCUGAAGGAAGAUUCUCAAUCUAUAAAUACAGCAGCGCAACGGUUAUCGAUAUUCUACUGGAUACGUCAGAUAACUAAAGGAUUCGGUAUAAUCAUUUUAUUUCUGAUAAUAUCGGUAACAAUAUUGCUAUGCACCGACUACUUCAAUGUUAUGUUUCCCGCUUGAAUCAAGAACAACGUAUAUGGAACAUUAUGGAAAAGGACCUUGGAAUAGGAACAUGUCGCUACAUAUAAAGGGUGUUUGGCAGA